AGCGGUAUACCGUUGCUGUGGUCUGAGAGGGACAGAGCGAAAGCAGCGCACUGUGGUUGAGGAACAACCUUGGCAAUGAUGUGGAAACAUUAUCUAUCCGAUUUGGAUCCAGAGGUAUUUUUAUUUUAUGCAAUAUCUUGCCAUUUCAUCGGGAAAUUAAUUUUAAGCUGGGUGUUGAUGAGCUAUGCUUAAUCAGUAACUAUCAGUAUCAAGUUAUGGCUACUCACCACGCAUGUAUAUGUCUUUUUAUGUAAAAGAAAGAAGAAAAAACAAACAAACCAAAAUAACGGGAUUGAUGCCUUGCCAUUCAAAUGGAUGUAACUACUCUUGUCUUGUUCUAAACGGACUGGUUGUUCCUACUCUACUCUCUUCCUACUGUGCGUGUGCGUAUUUUAACUAAUUUUACAGAAAUUUUCAUAACGCUUUAUAUCCCAUGCAUACUUAUAUCACGGAUGGUAUUUACACUAUGAUCAACGGAUGCCUUUAUUGAACGUUUUUAUGUUAGUAUUGCGCUGAAGAGAAAACUAAGAUUUAAAUAUCCAGGCUGUGAGCGAUUUUUCUUCUCUCUUUGUCAGCUUUGUUAGUGUUGUGUUGACAAGCUGAAGGCAGUUUUCAUUCUCUCCCAGCGAGGCCAGCGAUAUCACUCCACGCGUUUGGAUCGACAGUUCCUGGGGGGGUUUCUGCAUGUCAUAGGCAGCUCCGCGGUGCUGGCGCAGUCUUCCGUAAGAUGGACAUUGAAUUCUCACUUCAAAGAACACAUUCAAAGUCGAGUCCGUGCUUAACAUAGAUUCAAAGUCAACCCGUUCUACGCGUCUUAGUUACUAUCUGCCAACUGAGCAGAAGACACUGGACUCUUAAAAAAAUUGCUACCACUGAAACUGCUAGCGUUUUCCCUAUCUCAUAAAGCUUGUUUAAUAGCACUGCAGAAAGGUUUGUGUUUAUUCAAGUGCUCUGGCAGGUAGCAUAUUGGGCUGAACGAGGUGUGGAGAUAGAUAGUAAGCCCAAAGCUCAACAAGGAGAGAGUGAAAAGGUGGGGAGGGGAGUCUCUCCACCCACCUGUCCGGACACCUUACCAUGGCUUUGCCAGAUAACUCCAGCAGUUUUCAAGGUGAGGAGCCACCUUUCCCAGAGAUUGUGGAGCUGAAUGUAGGUGGUCAGGUGUACAUUACCCGCUACUCAACGCUCACCAGCGUGCCCGACUCUCUCCUGUGGGAGAUGUUUAGCCGGAAGACCUCGAAGGGGCUUGCUCGCGACACCAAGGGUCGCUUUUUUGUCGACCGGGACGGCUUUCUUUUCCGCUACAUCCUGGACUACAUGCGGGACCAGCAGCUGGUGCUUCCCGACCACUUCCCAGAGCGCGGACGGCUGCAGCGAGAGGCUGAGUUUUUCAACCUUCCAGACCUCGUCAAGCAGCUCGCGCCCAGGAUCAGCAAGCAGAACUCUCUGGGCGACGAAGGCUGCCAGAGUGACCCCGAGGAGUCGUCUCCCAGCAACGAGGCGGCCCGUAACCUGGCGUCCCUGGGCGCGGCUGCGGCUGCGUGCGCCAGCCUGGUGCCCGGGGCGGGCAGCGAGGGUAAGCGCUCCGGCUUCAUUACCAUCGGCUACCGGGGCUCCUACACGCUGGGCCGCGACAGCCAGACGGAUGCCAAGUUCCGGCGGGUGGCUCGGAUCAUGGUGUGCGGGAAGACCUCGCUGGCCAAGGAGGUGUUCGGGGAAACGCUCAACGAGAGCCGGGAUCCCGACCGCCCACCUGAGCGCUACACCUCGCGCUACUAUCUCAAGUUCACCUUCCUGGAGCAGGCCUUCGACAAGCUGGCCGACGCCGGCUUCCACAUGGUGGCCUGCAACUCCACGGGCACCUGCGCCUUCGCCCACGAGCAGACAGACGACAAGAUCUGGACCAGCUACACGGAAUAUGUGUUCUACCGUGGGAGAUCUAUGAUCCAAGUGCCAGUCGGCGACAUACAUGAUCCCUGCGUGACCUACAGUCAAGCAAAGAACAGAAUAACUCUGGACUCGAGGAAUGGAUCCUCGCUGGCCAUCACCACACCGCCCCUCUCCCCUCUCCUCUCCGACAGCUCUCCUCUCCUUUCACCUCAUCUGUCUUCUGCCCUGGACACACCUCCAUCCAUGCCCCCUCUGGCCCCAUCUCCCCUGCCCGCCGUCAGCCCCUCCAGGCCCACCACCCUGGCCCUCAGGACCCUGCCCCAUCGCUCAGACAGGGUGAACGGGUGUCCCCCUGCACACGAGCCUGAGGAGGAGGAUAAGAAGGCCAUGGAGGAGGAGCUGAAGAAGUGCAUCGAGGACUUCAGGAGGAUCCGCAUCCCCCGGUGCUUCCCCGAUCGCAAGAGGCACUGGCAGACGGACCUGCUGAAGAAAUACGAUGCCUAGCCGUCGCUACGCCGCUGCUCUCUGGCGCCACCUAGCUGCAUGGGCAACAGUACGUCUGCGCAGGGGUGGCACUCGCCCCUUUCUAGACACCAAAGCAAAGGGUAUGGGAAUUUUGAAGAAGACACAAAAAAAACAUAUUUUGCUAAGAGCAUUAUAUGUGUGUUUUUCUCCCACAAGGAUCAUGUUGUUUUUGUUUUUUUAAAUUUAUUUGGGGGGGUGGGGGGUGGGGGGCUAUGGAAAUCAGUGAUGACGAGAUCUAUACUGACAGGACUUACAAUUUAUAACUGAAGCAACAGGUUUAAGAUUACUGUUUGAGCCGUUUAGUCCACAUAGAAUAAAACAACAACACUAUGUAAAGUGUAGCAACAGAAUUACACUUUUUAAAGCCCUAUAUAAUAGCAAGAAAAUAACUGCUAUGCAUCUACAUAUAGUUACAUAACCUGUGUUAUUAGGUAAAAGUGAUGAGUGGGGCUUGAAGGUUAGGUUCAGAUUGGCGGUCAUGGUAAUUAGUGGCUUCGGGCUUAGCUGGUAUUUGGGCGAUGGUUAGUAGGACUAAGAUUAUUAGAACUACCUGAGUAAAAACGUAACCUGUGAAAUAGUGUUUUGUAUCAUUGCUUUGUAACAAGAAGUAAUACAUAAUAGCUGCACAUUGAAUAAACAGUAAUUACACUGUUAAAUUGCCCGUUGAACAUGAGGUGUUAUUGAAUCUUUUUACGAUUCUAGCUUGGACGAAUGGAUGGGGAUCUCCACUUCUAUCAGUUAUUCAUUAAUUAUUAUUAUUAUUUACAUGUAAGAAUCAAUUCUGUUUCAAAGAAAAUAUUGGGUCAAUGAAACUGCACUGACAGUCGGGCCAAUUAUCAUCACUUCACACUUUUAAAUAAAGACACACAAUGAUCCAUCAGUGAAUAAAUGAUUUAUUGUAAAACAAUUUCUAUUUUAACAUGGUUUUAUGCUUCAUUCAUAAGAAAAAUAAAACAACUUUUGAAUCUGUGAUCUUACAUGUCAUUUUAUGCAAUGAUGUUAAUGUUAAUAAAAACAUCAGGGGGAAGCAUACAUUCACUUUUGUACUUUACAGUGUAUUGGGUGGUUUGCAGAUAAUGUCCAUAAAAUAAAAACCAAUACACAUC